AUGGAAAGAUACAGACACGAGUGGGCGACAGAGUUUGACGUGGCAAGAGACAGUGUAGCCAGAGCGAUGAGACAAAGUGUUUCCUCAGGUAGUGGUGGCGCGGGGAGGGAAGGGCCAGGAGGAGGAGGCCAGGCAAGAUGUCGACCAGAAAGAUUUCAAGAAGCAUCCCGGAGGCUGGAGACGGGAGGGCAGGGAGGGAUCAUAUACUUCCUGCUGGCGUCACUUCUGCUCCUUACAGGGCAGCUUGGCUUGUGCUUGAGCGCUGGGGAACAUGGACGACGAGCUGUAAAGUCUCGAGGGGCUAAGGGCGGCGGCAGCAAGUAUCUCACUCUGGAGGGGGUUGCGGUGCCUGUGUAUAAGUUCAGAGGUGAGGACGCCCAGCUGGAGUGUCGCUAUGAACGAGGCACUGACCCCCUCUACUCCGUCAAGUGGUAUAAGGAUGACAACGAAUUCUACAGAUACGUGUUUGGAAGAAGCAAACCCAAGCAGACGUUCAUCAUACCUGGAGUCACUGUUGACGUGCACCGGUCCAACACGAGGCGCGUCCUGCUUAAGAGCCUCACCUUCAACUCCACGGGGGUGUACAAGUGCGAGGUGUCCGCUGACUCGCCCCACUUUCACACCUUCGAGAAGAGCGGCAGUAUGGUGGUCGUCGAGCUGCCGCAACAAGGGCCCGUGAUCCAGGGCAUGAAGAGCCACUACCGAGUCGGGGACACCGCGAGGCUCAAUUGCACCUCGGCCAAGAGCAAGCCAGCGGCGGAGCUUGCCUGGUAUAUCAACGAAGAGAAGGUAUAUCAAAACAGUACCAAGGCGGUUCCCGAAAUGCUGGUGGAGUACUACCCUUGGGUGCACCGCGACGGCCUGGAGAGCAGAAGACUGGGCUUGUCCUUCACGGUGGACAAGAGUCACUUCAUAAUGGGCAAUCUCGUGCUCAAGUGUAAGGCCACCGUGGCCACCGUCACCAGGGAGGAGGACGCCACCAUCUCUGAAGGCGAGCAAGUCAUCCUCGAGCAGAGGGAAAAAUUGGUUUAUGUCCGCAGCAGCGCCAGCACAGCGUUGCCAGUCUCUCUCGGGCUGCUGCUCAACCUGGCGGCGUUGGCGGUGGUGGGUGGGGGUCGGCCGGUCACGUGACUCCUCAGUGUGGUCCUCCUGGAGCCUCGCACGUGCAGGCGUCGCCACUCGUUAAGGAACGCUACUAGCUCUAGGUGUUAAGCGGCCCCGUGUUAAUGCAGUGCUACAUGAGUCCCCGUUAGUAUUUCCCUCACUGUGUCGAUCUGGCCACCCUGUUAAAUAUUAAGAGGUAUAUAGCAGACGCAUGUAUAUAAGACUGUGUAGAAAAUAAAACCGUAUUUCAUGAACUUCGUAGCUCUACGGACAGUUGGCACGAGCCUCGACAAGUCCCUGGCAGGCCCCGCCAUCCCCGCUCCCCCUCCCUGCGGUGUGGCGGGAUGCUGGUGGUGACAUUGAGGCGUUAGUUGGCAUGCCUGGACUUUCUCGAGGUGUGUGUGUGUGUGUGUGUGUGUGUGUGUGUGUGUGUGUGUGUGUGUGUGUGUGUGUGUGUGUGUGUGUGUGUGUGGGAGAGGGAGUGAGGCAAAGUUAAGUGUCCUGUGAUAAAGUGUCUAUAUGAAUUAUCUCUCCAAGCUUCUGUCAGUCUGCUAGUCUUGCCCUUGUUACAGUCUUCGCCAGAGGUAGUGCACCAAUGUCCGGCCCAACACGACCGUUGACACACAACAAGUGACCUGCUCUCCUUGUUUUCUUCAUUCCAUGACCUCACUUUUCAAAUAUAAGACGAAUGAUUUAUAUGAGAGUACACGCCAAAGACUAAAUGAAUCUCAAAGGCCGGAAUUCAGACCACUAAUAUUAAUUUUUCCAAGACGAAUAACGUUAUGAAGAGAUAAGACAUAAGCUGGGUUGACUUUUGUUGUGUCAUAAGGAAUAUUUCAAGGAUACUAUAUUCCUCCAAUUCCUUUCAAAUUAUAAUAAUUACAAGUAAAAAUGUGUUUUCUGAAGAGAUGGAACUUGAGGACCUUUCAUGUAAGGAGUUGGAUAUAUUUCCUUGAGACUAAGACAUCAAAAUGAUCACGAACUGCACUGAAUUAGUAGUUAAAGACCUAUAGUGGCUCAAUAUUCAACCAUUCGUUCUUCAAAUCUAAAAUUUCUUAACCCCAGCAUGCGAUGAGCGGAGACUGAAAGUUUUCUCAAUAGUCUGUACUGGCGCAAAAAGAUGAUACAUAUAUCAAGGUAACAUUUUAAAGUUUGAGUUACCAUUCACUAUUGCAUUUGACUGAAUAACUCCAAAUUUUGACUGAAAUAAUUCCAAAGUAUUUCAUAAACCAAGAGAUGACUAUCCUAAAAAAGAAAGCCUUAAACGUACGCAGAUCUUGACAUGGCUGUGUCCUCGCAACAUCGCCUCCCUUACUCAUAAAAAAAAAAAAAAAUGGAACUGAAUAAUGAGUACACAUCUGAAUCCCUCGGUGCACACGCGUCAUUCAGUGUUGAACAAGGAGACCACGUGUUGUAAUUUACCCGCGGUCGCCGUUGAAUCAUUGUGUGUCUGGCGGGGAAAAUAUAAACCCUUUCGCCUGAGAUUUAAGAAGUACAGACACGGAGCGAGGAAGUAAAGCAUCGCGGGGAGCUUGAUGUACUGCUGUCAGGCACGAACACUGAUGUGCAUGGCGGUGGUGCCGUACACGAGUGCUCACGUGCAUGGAGAGCACUACACGAACACGGAUGCAGACAAUACGGUGAUGCCAUGACGAGCAUUAUCGUACACACAUACACAGGGAGAUGGAUAGCGUACACGAACUCUCUCGUAUACAUAGCAAUACCACGUGUACAUACAUUAACGCACAGAGCAAUAACACACACACACACACACACACACACACACACACACACACACACACACACAAAGAGAUAGAUAACACAAACGAAUCUUCUCGUAUACAUAGAAAUAUCACGUGUACAUACAUUUACGCACAGAGCAAUAACACACUCCCUCAUACACACACACACACACACACACACACACACACACACACACACACACACACACACACACACACACACACACACACACACACAUAUACACACAAACGUACGUACAUACUAUACAUGACCACUGCCUUGUCCAAUACCUAUCGACUCGUGUCAUGUUUUCCCAUCAGAACAAGCGGCGAUUCCCUUCACGCAGUAUUACUACACCGUUCUUGCUACACCGAGUCACUCGCCGAUUCAACUGCAGCUUCUGAAUCCCCCGUAAAAAAAAAAAAAAAAAAAUCCCAAUUGAUGAGAAAACCUUUAUAUAAAAAAAAAAAAAAAAAAAAGCGCAUAAUACAGCAAGGGGAAUUGGCCACUUGUUAGCAUGGUUGAGCUGGACGCGUCUUGCUACACUUGGAUCUAAUUAUCUUAACAGUGCAGGGAGAGGGCAAGGUGUGGAGCGUUCAUUACUUUGUCCUGCAGACCGUGUGAGUGGAGGCAAGGCGGUCGUGGUAUUCGUGGUGGCUAGGUAAUGUGUACUCUCGCUUCAUGCUUCAGGCCGUGCAGGUGGUGGCGUCAGUUAGAAGAAAGGUAGUUUGUAAUAUUCCAGCCUUCCAUAUAUAAAUACAUAUACAUACAAACAUAUAUAAUAAAAAAAAGUACUAAUACACAUUUAUAUCAUAUAGUAAAGAAGUUAUAGUUAUAUCAUCAUUAUAAAUGGUUAUUGAAAUGUCUUUAGCUGUACGUUCGACGCAAUGUUCAAGGAGCAUCAAGGUGGAAUGAUCCUUUAAUAAAUUAGAGUUGAGAAGCUUGCCAGAUGUUGACGUAAUGACACACGCAUGUUAGAGUUUUUAUCAUUAAGACUGGUUACUGAUACGUCGUCAGUUGUGCAGUAUAAAAGCUAAACACCAAGACUGAAUAACUUUUUGAUAAGAGUCAGGAAAUGUUUCAAGGUGUCAGUGGACGGUACGAAGGGCCAAUGUGCGAGGGUGUGGCCGAUCACUUGUAGGGGAGAACAGUUCCGGUGUUUUCCUCUCUUCCUGACUCAUCCCUCUGUGAAGGUACGUGGGGUUCAAGGGGCUGGACUACUACAACAAUCAGUCUUGUACUACGUAGCGACUCAGCCCAGGGUUUGUAUGUAUGAAUCUGGUUAUGGAUCACAGGAAAGCUUAUAAUAUAUUUGCGUAACAUCACGUAUACAGACAAUGCUUAGAAUCCAUUCACAGGCUACUAUAAAUAAGAUUCUAGUAUUCGUAUGCAGAGUGUGUGCUUGUGCUGUGUACAUAUUGAUAUCUAUUGUCUUUGUUAUGUGUACAGUGUUUACAUACAUGUAAGUGUUUGUCAUGUACACGUGUGAGCUUUUGAGACUGUGCCUAUGAUGACGAUGAUGAUGAUGAUUAUGAUGACGAAAGGGAAGGUGAUGGUGAUGGUGAUGGUGAAGGGGGAGGGGAGGCCUAGGAUUAAUUGAAGAAUAUGUAGGAAAUGCUUUCAUAAUUUAAAAAUAAUGUAUUGUAGUGAGAGAGAGAGAGAGAGAGAGAGAGAGAGAGAGAGAGAGAGAGAGAGAGAGAGAGAGAGAGAGAGAGAGAGAGAGCGAA